AUGGCUACUGCCGUUCUACCAGAUGAUGAUUUUCACACAAAUGCCGAUGAUAAGUCUCUGGAAAUAUUCUCACUGAUUUGGCUCGAUGCAAAUGUAGACGUUAAAGACACUCGAGAUACAGAAGUAAAAUUACGGUCGAUUAUUAAUCAUAUCAAGAAAUUUCAAGAUAUAAAACAAUGUCAACAAUAUAUUGAACAAACAUCACAAAAAGAUCGAUUAAUACUUAUUGUUAAUGGUCGAUUAGGACAAGAAAUAGUUCCCUACAUUCAUCAACUUCGACAAGUCAUAUCAAUUUAUGUUUAUUGUAUGGACAAGAAGAGUAAUGAACAAUGGGCUUGCAAAUUUGUAAAAAUAAAAUCUGUUGUUGUUGAUCUUGAUGAACUUGUCACUCAAAUUACAACACAUCAUAAAAUUCAGAAAAAGGUAGAAGAACCAUUAUCAAUCAAUAUUUUCACAACAAAUGUUGGUGCAGGGAAAUCAACAAUAAGAGUUAAUGGACAAUUUGUUUUUUCUCAAAUUCUUGUUGACUGUCUUCUACGAUUAAAAUCAACUGAAAUAGACAAAAAUGAACUUAUUAAUCUUUGUAAAAAUGAAUACGAAGGAAAUUAUAUCGAACUAAGCAAUCUUCGUGAAUUUGAAGAAGAUUAUUCCCCCAAUAAAGUGGUAUGGUGGUAUACAAAAGAAACAUUCUUUUAUAAAACUCUUAAUGCAGCUUUACGUGCACAAAAUAUUCAUAUGAUUUUUUUAUUUCGUGCAUUUAUUUAUGAUAUCUAUCGUCAAUUGCAAGAAUCUCAAUCUAAACAUCCUUUGCAAGUUUACCGAAGUCAACUAAUGUCGAGCGAUGAGUUAGGUGGUCUUAAACAAAACAUUGGCCAGUUCAUUUCAAUAAAUUCAAUGUUUUCUACUAGUAAAGAACGUACAACAGCUGUCUUCUAUUUGGGUGAUAUAACUACACAGAUUGAUUCGGAACGAGUAUUAUUUGAAAUUGAUGCUGAUCCAAAGAUGAUUACUACAAAACCAUUUGCUGAUAUCAGUGCACUUAGUUAUUUUCCACAUGAAUCAGAAGUUCUCUUUAUGAUUGGUUCCAUUUUUCGUCUUAAUGAUAUUAAUUAUAAUGAUGAUCAAAUAUGGAUCAUUAAAAUGACUUUAUGUAAUGAUGAUGAACAUGAUUUAAAACAAGUUCUUAUGUAUAUGAAACAACAAAUUGAAAAUGAACAAACAAAUCUUCGAACAUUAGGAAAAUUAUUAUGGAAAAUGGGUAAACUUGAUCUUGCUGAAAAGUAUUUUAAUCGUUUAUUACAAGAACUUCCGUCAAGUGAUCCUUUACUCAGCAGUUUAUACGAAGAUCUUGGUGAAUUGGCAUCACAAACAGGUGACUAUGAUAUGAGUGUUCAAUGGCAUCAAAAAUCACUCGCGAUCAAAACGAAAAAUCAAUUAACUGUUAAUCCAACUAUUAAUAAAACAAACAAUUCCAUCGGACAAUCAAUUCUUCUCAAUCAUAUUAAUAUCGACACCAAAUGGAAACAAUAUGGAAUUACUAUUGCUGGAGGAAAUGGACGAGGCAAUCAAUUAAAUCAACUCUCUCUUCCUCAGGGUAUCUAUGUUGAUGAUGAUCAUCAAACUAUUUAUGUUGCCGAUUGUUCGAAUCAUCGUAUUGUUAAAUGGAAAUAUGAAGCAAAGAAUGGUCAAGUUGUUGCAGGUGGCAAAGGAAAAGGAAAUCGAAGUAAUCAACUGAAUGGUCCAACAGAUGUGAUUGUUGAUGAAAAGAAUGAUUCUCUCAUCAUUUGUGAUCGAGACAACAGACAAGUGGUACGAUGGUCUCUUCAAAAUGGUAAAAAUGGAGAAACAAUCAUUUCCGAUAUUCACUGUGAUACUUUAACAAUGGGUAAAAAUGGAGAUCUUUAUGUCUCUGAUUGGAAGAAGAAUGAAGUGAGACGAUGGAAACAAGGAGAGAGAGAAGGAACAAUCGUAGCAGGUGGAAAUGGAUACGGAAAUCAUCUCAAUCAACUCAAUUACCCUACUUAUAUCUUCGUUGAUGAAAAUCACUCAGUUUAUAUAUCGGAUUCUGGAAAUCAUCGUGUGAUGAAAUGGAUGGAAGAUGCAAAAGAAGGUAUUGUUGUUGCUGGUGGAAAAGGUCAUGGGAAUAGUUUGACACAAUUGUGUAAUCCUCAAGGGGUGAUUAUUGACCAUUUGGGUAGUGUUUAUGUCGCUGACUGGAGCAAUCAUCGAGUAAUGCGUUGGUGUGAAAGAUCUUGCGAAGGUAGUAUUGUUGUUGGUGGAAAUGGAAAAGGAGAACAAUCAAAUCAGUUGAAUCGUCCCACAGAUUUAUCAUUCGACGUUCAGGGUAAUCUCUAUGUUGUCGAUUCUAGCAAUGAUCGAAUACAAAAAUUUGAUAUUGAUUUGAAUUAA